GGCGGAAGUCGCCCCUCCCCGGCGCGGCAGCGGAGGCCUUCUCGCACUUCCGGCAGGAGGGAGCUGGCCCGGAGCUCCCGCGGAGGAGUGUCAGCCUGGGGCCCUGUGAGCCCUGCAUCCAGUUCACCAUGAAAGGUGUCGGAUCAGGCCGCCAGCCGGGUAGGUGAGGACCCUGCCUGGGGUGCCGCUGACCAUUCCGAAUCAUGGAGGCGAAGAGAACUGCCCUAGCCACGAGGCGUUCUUGUUGAGAGUUGGGACCCAGCUCCACUGGCUCCUGUGCGCCAUCUCCACCCAGCCAGCUCGGGCGUGCAGCGUCCCCGGAUGGGGCGGCGGGCCCUUGACGUGGCCUUUGUGUGGAAGGCGGUGCUGACCCUGGGGCUGGUCCUCCUCUAUUACUGCUUCUCUAUCGGCAUCACUUUCUACAACAAAUGGCUGACAAAGAGCUUCCACUUCCCCCUCUUCAUGACAAUGCUCCACCUGGCUGUGAUCUUCCUCUUCUCUGCCCUGUCCCGAGCGCUGGUGCAGUGCUCUAGCCACAGGGCCCGCGUGGUGCUCAGCUGGACCGACUACCUCAGAAGAGUAGCUCCCACAGCACUGGCAACUGCGCUCGAUGUGGGCCUGUCCAACUGGAGCUUCCUGUACAUCACCGUCUCUCUGUACACAAUGACCAAAUCCUCAGCUGUCCUCUUCAUCUUGAUCUUCUCCCUGGUCUUCAAGCUGGAGGAGCUGCGAGCGGCACUGGUCCUGGUAGUCCUCCUCAUUGCCGGGGGCCUCUUCAUGUUCACCUACAAGUCCACACAGUUCAACAUCGAGGGCUUCGCCUUGGUGCUAGGGGCCUCCUUCAUCGGCGGCAUUCGCUGGACCCUCACCCAGAUGCUCCUGCAGAAGGCUGAGCUUGGGCUCCAGAACCCCAUUGACACUAUGUUCCACCUCCAGCCGCUCAUGUUCCUGGGGCUUUUCCCUCUCUUUGCCGUAUUUGAAGGUCUCCAUUUGUCCACAUCUGAGAAAAUCUUCCGUUUCCAGGACACAGGGCUUCUUCUGCGGGUUCUUGGGAGCCUCUUCCUUGGCGGGAUUCUCGCUUUCGGUUUGGGCUUCUCCGAGUUCCUCCUGGUCUCCCGAACCUCCAGCCUCACACUCUCUAUUGCUGGCAUCUUUAAGGAAGUCUGCACUCUGCUGCUGGCCGCACACCUGCUGGGUGACCAGAUCAGCCUCCUGAACUGGCUGGGCUUUGCCCUCUGCCUCUCAGGAAUAUCCCUGCACGUCGCCCUGAAAGCCCUGCACUCCAGAGGUGAUGGCGGCCCCAAACCCUUGAAGGGACUGGGCUCCAGCCCUGACCUGGAGCUGCUGCUCCGGAGCAGCCAGCAGGAUGAAGAGGACAAUGAGGAGGAAGAGUACUUUGUGGCCCAGGGGCAGCAGUGACCAGCCAGGGGGAGCCCCUGGAAGUAGGCUGCCCGGCUGCAGCUGACACUCUGCCAGGCAGCUCCGCUGGUGGCUCCUCACGGCAGCUGGGGAGCCGGGGUGGGGAGUUGCCCAGCUGAGCCUCAGGGACGGCCUAUUGCCAUGUGGUGAAGCUAGGUCAGGGACCUGGGGCUCUUAUGCUUCUCUGCAGAGCUUGGCCAAAUGGGGUGAGCCCCAAGCCACAUGGCCCACGACCUGGCCCAAACUGGGCCCGGACUGUGCUGUAGUCACAGCAGGGGAAGGAGCGGCUGGUUCUCCUCAGUGUCUGCCAGACGCUGAGAGCCAAGGUCAUUAUUCCAGAAGCCUAGCAAGUUUCCAAGGGCCCUGGGUUUGGACUGCUGAGCAGUUGCGAAGGGAGAUGGAGAGGCUGGGGCCUCAUCACCUAAAGAGCAUCUUUGCUCAGAGAGCAGAUUUAUUUAUAGUUUGGAAAUAAAUGGUUUACGCUCCACUGGUCACCUCAGGUUGCCUGAAACCCAUUCUUGCUUGUCCUGGAGGUGUGGAGGCAGGGAGGGCGGGCGUGGAAACCACCAGUCAUAAUCCAGGUCUCCAGCAUCUUGGGCUCCUUUGCCCUUUCCUCAGGGCCCCCCCCACCUGCAGGCAGGAAUAAAAGGAAUGUUGACUGAGCACCA